AAAUGCAAAACAGAUAUAAAUUAAUUUCAAGUUAGCUGUGUAUUUAUUUUCAAAAUAAUGUGCUUCUGUUUUGAGCGGUGUUAGUUAGUUGUUUCUUCAUGAAUAGAAAAUCAGCAUUUCCUUUGUGAAGAGUUGAAUUUUAUUCAAGAUGGAAAAGGAGAAGUUGGUUGACGAGUUGACAGCAAAACAUUUAUGGAACAUUGGAAAUCUACUUUCCACGACAUGUCCAGCAGCGUCGAGAUUUUAUAUGUUCUCUAUGGAAAGGAAACUAAUCCAUGAUCCUGAUCUGUUUCAUAAAAAAACAAAAAGAAGUUUCCUGUUCUGCAAUCAUUGUGGAAGCUUAUGGUCUCCAGAAAAUCACAGGGUUCGCAUUCGGGCACCUAGCUUCCCAAAUCGCCAUAUUAGAAAACUUCUACAGUAUGAAAGAGAUAGUCCAUGGAAGCUUAAUAAUCAUCAAAAGCGAAAACUGAGAAAGUUUAAAGAGGCUACAAGUAAAAUAAUUUAUAGUUGCUUCUCUUGCAAGAAGAAAACAAUAUUCCAAGGCAUAAAAAGAAAAAGAUGUGCUAGUUCUAACAUUCUGACCUCAACACCAGUGCCAGUUAUUAAAUAUAAGACAGGCAACUUGUCUGCUGGAUUAUUUAUCCCACUCUCAUCUGAAAAAAAGCCUCAAGAUACUGUAGGUGGGCACUAGCCAUUGUAGGCAUUGGCCACCAUUAAUCCUGGAAGCAGUGGUCACUUUAUUAUGGAAGCAUCUAAUGGGUGGACCAUCGUUGCCACCAAUGAAGGAACAGAGUCCAUGCCUUGUCUGGGAUUCAAAACUAGCCCCUUUUGGUAUGGCAGUCAGUCACUAACCGCUUUCUGGGCAGCAUUACACAAAAGAUGUAGAUAUGCAUGCAUAUUCACUCACUGUUGAGACUACUAAAAGUAAUUAAAUGAGUCUUACCAUGUGGUAGAUGGUUUGGAUCUAAAUAUAUGGCAGAGUAGUUUUCCAGUUACUGAUUUAUCAUCUGAUCACAUUCCAGUGAUUGCUCGGCUAGGAUUCAGCAGACUAAAACUAAGCAGCAAACAUCAAUGGACUGGGAUCUGUUCUAAAACAUUGUCCUCACUUCACCCUUCAACAUAGGCUCGCUCUGAUCCGAGACCGACAUUGACAAAGCAAUCCAAAAUUUUACUUCUCAGUUACAGGACUUCCUACAAAAGGCUACCUCUACUGUCAACACAAAUCAGGCGGACGGCACCUUGCCUGCUAACAUAAGAACAGUAACUGCUGAAAGACACAGAAAACAAUAUAGCAGAGACUGGAACCCGGCUACAAAAACGAUCAUUAACAGGCUCACACGUCAAAUUAAAAGCCUUAUCAGUGAGCAUCGAAAAGAACUAUGGAACAACAAAAUUUAUAAUCUAAAUUUGGAGGACGGCUCUUUUUGGAAAUUCACUCAAAACCUCAAGAAGGACUUUUAUCACCCUCGUCCAAUUAAAACAGAGAACGGUUUUGCCUAUUACAAUCAGGAGAAAUCUGAUACCUUCACUAAACAUUUCAGCACACAGUUCGUGCAAAACGAAAUUUCAAUUGGUAAUGAGUCAGUAAUUGAUUAUGAGGUGCAACGUUGGCUCGACACACCUUCUCCACGUAACAUUAUUCAACUCAUUACUCUUCAGGAAGUUAAGGAUAUUAUCAAGCAUGCAAACGUGGCUUCAGGAGUAGACAAGAUAACCAACAAAAUGCUUAAAUAUCUGCCGCAUUGCCUGAUCACCAAAUUAACUAGUAUUUACAACACCUGUCUCUCACGCUCCUACUUUCCUACAGCAUGGAAACACGCCAGCAUUUUCCUUAUCCAGAAACCUGGCAAACCCCCAGAAGAACCUGCAAGUUAUAGACCGAUUAGUCUCUUAUCUAUUUUAGGGAAUAUUCUUGAAAGGCUUAACAGACUUCAACAGCAAGCCGACACCAUUGCAGACAAGCAGCAUGGCUUCCGUAAAGGUCUAUCAACCACUCAUCAAUUACUAAUCAGGAUUACAGAAUACAUUGGAGCGGCAAUCCACAAGAAAAACAGUGUGGGCACCCUUAUGCUAGACGUGGCAAAGGCCUUCGACCGCGUUUGGCAUAAGUGUUUAAUCUACAAGCUUGUGCACAUUAAUCUUCCUCGGGAAAUCACUCUUAUGCUCAUAUCCUAUCUUAAAGACAGAACGUUUUCAGUAAAACAAGGAGACCAUAUUUAAGAUAAAACAAACACCAUCUUAGCAUGUUACGCGGGUGACACCGCGAUCGUCUCCAAAUCAAGACGCCCCAAACACGCUGUAGAGAAAUUUCAGCAAGCAGUUCCAGAAAUAGAAGAAUGGUGCAAGAGAUGGAAGGUAAAAGAUAAAUCCUGAGAAAUCUCAAGUUUUAGUUAUCCAGAAAUACAAAACUAAAGAUCAGCUUAGCUGUAAAAUCACUAUGUUUGGGAAGUCAUUUCCCAUCAUAACGAAGGCCAAAUAUCUCAGCAUUAUUUUCAACAGGAGUUUUACUUUGUCUAACCAUAUAAGUUAUGUGUGUGGAAAAGCCUAUAGUAUAGUAAAAAGACUGUAUCCGUUACUCGCAAAAGACUCAGUCCUCAGCCUCACUCGCAACAGAUGGAUAUACACAGCCAUCAUUAGGCCAAUUAUAACUUAUGGUGCUCCAACCUGGGUCAGUGCAAACAAAGAAGACAUCCACAAGUUACAGGUUAUUCAAAAUAAAUUUCUAAGGACUGUUACAAACAUCCCUUAUUUCAUUAGAAAUGAAAAUCUAGACUGGGAUCUCAAGAUUGAAUAUAUGAAAGACUUUUUACAUAAACUCAACUCGAACUUCUUCCAGAAAGCUGUGACGAGCAAGACCGCAAACUUUGCCCAGAUUCCGAAAUACGAAAUCAUCUUAGAAGAUUAGUUUAUUCGUCCCUACGCUUCAUAUUUAAUCAGGCAAGCUUAAUAUUUAAUUUAAAUUUACAAUAACAUGAUCAUAUACAUGAUGUUUACGUUCUCUCUUCGGAAAUACUGACGCCUUAGAAUUUCAACCAAUCAUCAGUGAGCAACAGCCAGCAGCAAACGAUUAUAGAAUUUUCACCUGCGUUUACUUGGGAAUUAAUGCUGUGAUUUUUACAUCAUUUUCCUCAUACCACCCAUAAUUUUCCGAUUAUUUUGAUGGACAAUAUGCGUAAUGAACUCAGCAAUUGCAGAAAUUAUAAAAAAAAAAAAAAAAAUUAAAAAAUAAUAAAAAAAAAGCGAAAUUGGACUUUACUACUUUACAAACAGCAACGCUGAUUAGAUAACUCCGACUAGGCCCUGCCCCCUGCUCCUUGACCAGCAUUCCUUCUCACCGGCUCCAGUCAGUGUUCGAGCAUACAUAUGUGAGGCACCGUAUUCUCUUGUAUUCAUAUCCUUCCGUCAGAGGAAAAAUAUUCAUGUUUUUACACUGCUUAGGUUUUCUACUUUGAAUGUCUGGGAAGUAUUGCCAUGGCAAUAAAUACCCAGAACAACACAGCAGUAUUGCAGUUUUCCAGUUUAAAGCCAUUAGACAUCAAUUUGGAUCAAAUAAACAGAUAUAUUCUUGAGUACAAAAAGAAAAGAAGAAAAAAUAGCACCAAGCCUUUUAUUUAAAUCACUUUUACACAAUAUUUGAAUUGUCUGUAUUUGAUUGCUUCCAAAAUACAACUCAGUUUUUUUUUUUCGUUCA